AUGGAGGAUGGAAGGCAAGCCCACAUAGUUAUCAUCAGAUGGGCAUGCAUGAUGCUGUGCUUGAUUUCACAUGUGGCUGCGUUCUCUCACGGAGCGAGUCCUUCUGCCUGUACUGACAUGAUGCCCAAGCACAUGAGAGCUCAGCUGCACAGUCCCAGGAACAACUAUGUUACUAUUCAUACCAAUAUGUCCUUCCUCCCAGGCGACAAGGUACCAGUGACAGUGAGGAGCAGCCGGGAUUUUAUGGGUUUCUUACUUCAAGCUCGCAAGGUGUCUAAUGAGGAAAUUGCUGGUAGAUUCGUUUUUAUUCCUCCUGGUUCCAAACUGCUGAGUUGUUUUGAAGAUGGUGAUACUGUCACCCACUCCGACAAAUCCCUGAAAAGAAACUUGUCCUUUGUGUGGAAAGCACCAGACCAACCCAUUGGAGACAUCAAGUUUUUCAUAUCUGUAGUCCAGUCAUACUUUGUUUACUGGACAAAGAUUGAAUCUGCCACUGUAGCUCAACAAGUGCAAAACAAAACAUCUGCUGAUAGACACAAGGCGGCCAAGACUGUAACACCUGCACCCUUGCAAGAAUUCACUGACCCACAAGUAGGAGGUAGGACAAGCAAAGGUAGGUGUGCCACGUCUCCCGCUGCAGCCGCCGGCUCCCCGCUGCCCGCACACAGCCGGCCGGCCGGCCUGGCGGCCACCCUCACGGCAGAAGCGCCGCUGCGGACGCAAGCACAGCCUGUUGCUGACCCACUGCUGCUGCCUCAGGCUUUGCUGGAUGCCGCGGCCCUGGCUGCAUCCAGCAGCAGUGGAGGAAGCAGCAAUUUCAGCGGGCAAGGGCUGGAGCCAUCACUUGCUUUCCAAGAACCCGGCCUCACRAGCGCUUCACCAAGUUUCCUCCUCCAAGACUAUUUCACCAGCUACAGCCCCUAUGCCGGAACACGAAGCAUUGCUGGCACCACCAGAGCACCCCUGUGUGUGACGUGCACAGAAGGUGGGCAGGCAAAUGGCGCUGCAGCCGGAGGAGGCAGCGCCCAGCGGCCAAGAGGAGGAGGAGGCCAGAGAGGAGGUGGCAGGGAACACACCGGCUUCAGUGACCAGAGCAGCUCCCGAGUCUGCAGCUCCGGGGAAGGUUCCAGAUCCGGCAGGGGGACUCGCCUCAUAGCAGCCCAGCUCGGCAUCCUCUUCGUCUGCACGGCCGUGCUGGGCCUGGCUCUGGUGGCCGGGCUGCGCUGUGUCUGUGCCCAGCACUGCCACAGGCGCACAGAGGUGACCUUCAGUGAGCCGGASCCGGCCGUCAUCGCCGUGCGGGAAAGCGGCGAGAUGCUGCACUUCCGCAGGAUCCGCGAGAACAGCUUCGUGCUGGUGCAGGCCGAGUACAACUGGGUCAGCCCGCCCGGCAGCGGGAAGAAGGGCGUGAUCUAG